AUGGGGGAUAGUCAGCAGAAGGCUUUUGAUACCAUUGUCAGUCUUCUCGCUUCUCCACCAGUGUUAGCAUAUGUAGACUUCACUAAGCCUUUCAUUGUUAACACAGAUGCCUCUGUAGAAGUACGUACAGAUAAAAACCCUCUAACCUAUGUGACGACCACAGCGAAGCUUGACGCAGCGAGUCAUAGGUGGUUAGCCUCACUCUCAAACUUUAACUUUAAAUUAGUUUAUAGAGCGGGCCGUCUCAAUGGGGAUGCUGACGGGUUGUCAAGACGACCGUAUCGGCAAGAGGAAGUUUUCCCAUAUGUAGCGAGAGCAGUUACCUGUGCUUCUUUGUCCACUAGGGAGGAGUUGCCUUUAGCAGAAACUGUGGUUCUCUCAAAUACAUCAUCCCUAGGACCGGAGAGCAACACCCUAGAUAUAGGGAAUGCAAAACUCUUUGGUGUGGAUUGGGAAAAACAACAGUCCUUAGAUAAACAUCUUAGGAGGGUGAUAGAGUUUGUCAGGGAGGGGGUUCGACUUGAUAAAAAGAUAUUGAAACACGAACCCGAGGAGGUGUGUCAAUAUAUGCGGAAGUGGCGCCUGUUGAGGCUAGUUAAUCCAACCAGGAACCAAUUAGCGAGUACCACCGCCAGGGUGUUGUACGAACAAUUUAUCGUCCACUACAGCUUUCCUUCCCGAAUUCACAGUGACCAGGGCAGGCAUUUUGAAAGCAAAGUUAUCAAAGAACUUUGUAAGAUAGCUGGAGUGGAGAAAACUACCCCUAACCAUCCUAUCGGCAAUGGCAUGGUCGAACGGUUCAACCAAACCCUGUUAAAAAUGUUAGGUACUAUAGAGGAAGAACAAAAAUCCAGUUGGAAAUCCUAUGUGACUCCUCUUGUUCAUGCAUACAAUGCAACAAAACAUGAGACCACGGGGUAUUCUCCUCAUUACCUAAUGUUUGGUUGGCACCCUAGACUUGGUGUAGAUGCAUUUAUUGGCAUCGAUACCAGUUCUGAGACU